AAUCAAUACCCAAUUCCACAUGUAAUUUUAAUUUAAUAAUUCCGUACUUAAAUCUAUUCGUCACUAUUCACGGAUCUUUAUUUUGGUGAUUUAGUGAUACAUUUAGGUGGUGAUUGUCGAUUGAAACUCAUAAUAUUGACUCAAUAUUUAACUCAUGGUAUAUUUUCAAGUGGCAACUCAACCGGUAGUCGCGAUCCGAGUUUAGGGUUUAAACGUGUGAUGAGAAUUUCUUGUUUUUAUCUUAAUUCAGGAUUUAAUAUUGCAUAUUUUUUCUUCGUAAGAUCUUUUUCUUACCGUUUUAUCAACGUCAUCUAACUUUGUCAUUUGCAUUGGUACUUGAAUUGUGAAUUUUUAAAAUGUCUACCCUGGAGAAAAUAGCGGCCAUCGAGGCUGAGAUGGCCCGGACUCAAAGAAACAAAGCUACAAUGGGUCAUCUCGGUCUUUUGAAAGCUCGUUUAGCAAAAUUACGACGAGAAUUAAUCACACCAAAAGGUGGUGGAGGUGUUGCUGGAGAAGGUUUCGAUGUCGCUAAAACUGGUGACGCACGAAUUGGUUUUGUUGGUUUUCCUUCAGUAGGUAAAUCAACUUUAAUCUGCAAUUUGGCUGGUGUCUACUCGGAAGUUGCAGCUUAUGAAUUCACAACCCUCACUACAGUUCCUGGUGUGAUUCGAUAUAAAGGAGCCAAAAUCCAAAUGUUAGAUUUACCUGGUAUCAUUGAGGGAGCCAAAGACGGUAAAGGUCGAGGUAGACAAGUUAUAGCUGUUGCCAGAACUUGCAGUUUAAUUUAUAUUGUUCUGGAUGUUCUGAAGCCUUUGGUUCACAAAAGAUUGAUUGAAAAGGAAUUGGAAGGUUUUGGUAUCAGAUUAAACAAAAAGCCUCCAAACAUUACUUUCCGGAAGAAAGAAAAGGGUGGCAUCGCCCUUCAGACUCUUGUCCAACAAUCUGAACUUGACCUUGAAACCGUUAAAACUAUUUUGUCCGAGUAUCGUAUUCAUAAUGCUGAUGUUGUUCUAAAAUCUGAUGUUACUUGUGAUGAUUUUGUCGAUGUUAUCGAAGGCAACCGAGUCUAUAUACCGUGUAUUUACGUGUUGAAUAAAAUUGACCAGAUAUCUAUUGAAGAGUUAGAUAUCAUUUACAAAAUACCUCACACAGUGCCUAUAUCUGCUCAUCAUAAAUGGAAUUUUGAUGAUUUGCUGGAAUUAACUUGGGAAUAUCUCAAGCUAGUUAGGAUCUAUACCAAACCCAAGGGUCAACUUCCGGAUUAUGGUUCUCCUGUUAUUCUUGGCGAGGAUAGAAAAACAGUUGAAGACUUUUGUGAUAAACUUCAUCGAACUAUUAUAAAAGAAUUCAAAUAUGCUCUGGUUUGGGGUUCAUCAGUGAAACAUUUUCCUCAAAAAGUUGGAAAGGACCACGUCCUGAAUGAUGAAGACGUUGUUCAAAUCGUUAAAAAAAUUUAAACCUGACACGUGAAGAAUACGCACUUGAUGGACUUUUGGUAAAUAUCAAUUUAUUGAUAACACAUUCAAUGUCUCAGUUUCUAUUGAGGAUGAACCAAAAGAUUAAGACGUCUCUCAAUGGUUGAAUUUCCUUAAUCUGUUCUUUACAAACAUAAAAGUUGGUUUUAAUUAAUUGGAUAUUCGAAUCAGACUCUGUCUAUUUUGUUAUUUAUCAGCAGGUUAACUUUUUGAUCAUUACGAUUUGAUUGGUACGACAAUUUUAUAUUCAAUUCAUGUUCAAACUGAAAAGUCAGUUUAUAAACAUUACCUGUUAUAAACAAAGCCUGUCUCUAAAAGCGAAAUCGGAACUUUUCUUUUGAAAUAUAUUUCUUGUUCCUUCA